UUGGUUUUAUGAUGAUAAUUCAGAAGAAAGUCAAUUAGUCAUCUUCAACUCUUGCUAUCCGAUUCCACUAAUCUAUCAUCAAAUUCUCCCUAUUUCUGCAAUCUCAGAUCUCAAUUUAACCCCAAUCCAAUCCAAUCCAAUCCGCGAUUCAGAUGAGGCUGCCGAUGGUCGAUUGCCGGAGUUUGAUCCAGUUCUGCCGAGCUUUCCCCCCUCGCAACACCAACAAUUUCACCCCCCGCCGCCGCCCUGAUUCUCUCAACCCCUUCUCAAAUGAAUUCUGCCACCGCUCCCCUCUCGCGGCCGUCGAUCUGGUCAUACUCGUGUUGGUGAUUGUCUCCUCGGCCUUCCUAAUCCUUCCUUACAUGAAAUUGUUCUUCUGCGAGCUUUUGCCUGCCGCUCACGCCGCCAUGGUUGACCUCAUCCUGGAGGAGCCGCUUCCCUACGUGGUGGGGUUUGCGACGGUGGUGGUGGGGGUGAUUGUGGCGCUGUUGAUCGAUUUGAGGAUGAGGAAGUGCGGAAACCCUAAGUGCAAGGGGCUUCGGAGGGCAGUGGAGUAUGAUAUUCAGUUGGAGACGGAGGCUUGCGUCAAGCACUCCCCACCGCCGCUCCAUGCCGAUGCUUAUCGCCAAAUUAAUGGAUUGAGGGAGCUGGAAUUGGGGGAGGAUCGGAAAGAGUUGGAGGCGGAGCUCAAGAAGAUGGCGCCGGUCAAUGGAAGGACGGUCCUCAUAUUCCGAGCUCCCUGCGGAUGUCCGCUUGGUAGGAUGGAGGUUUGGGGUCAUAAGAAAGUUCGCAGAAUCAAGAAGUAGUCUUGUUUCCUUUACAUACCAGUGAAAGUUCACUUGUCUUGAUACAAUAUACUACUGAUAUAUAUACAUACAAUAAGUGAUGCUUGUUUUAGACUUUAUUAGUAAUACACUAGCUCGAAAUACAGGAAAACACUCAUCUGAUCACAUCUAUGAAUACAACUAAAGCUUGUGUUUUGUUGAA